AUGUCGCUGGUGCUGCUGAGCCUGUUCGCGCUGUGCUGGGGCACCUCGCACCCGGAGCCGGUAAGCCCCCCGCCCGCGCCUCUUGCCCACCACGGGGUCCCCUUGGACCCUCUUCACCUCCCCAUCACCUCCACCGCCAGCUCUUGCUUCCAGGCUUGCUUCUCCAAAGAUGUGUUCUUGGAAAGCCGACCCUCUCCAGAGUGGCUGGCCCCACCCACCUUGAUUCCAGGAGAUUUGAAGAGCCUCCAGGUAGAGCUUGUUGAAGACAAUUUUACAAUGGAGGACCAUGUCUUUUUAAUGAAUGUAAGCUGGACCCUUCGAGCUGAUGCCAGCAUCCUGUCACUGAAAGCCACCAAGAUCUGUGUAACAGGCCUUGACAGAGUUCGGUCCUACAGCUGUGUGAGGUGCAACUACACAGAGGUCUUCCAGACUCAGACUAAACCCUCUGGUGGCAAAUGGAUGUUUUCCUACAUUGGCUUUCCUGUUGACCCAAGCACAAAUUAUUUCAUUGGGGCCAAUAAUAUUCCCAGCGAUACUCUAAAUGGAUAUGACCUUUCCACGUCGGUGAACUUCACCUCUCCAGGCUGCCUGGACCACAGGAUGAAAUAUCAGAAAAAGUGCAUCAAGGAUGGAAGCCUGUGGGACCCGAAUAUAACUGCUUGCAAGAAGAAUGAGAGUGUGGUAGUAGUAAAUUUUACUACUAGUGCCCUUACAAAUAGAUACAUGGCUUUUAUUAUAAAACGCAAGGUUCUGGGAAAGUCUAAGCCGACGUUUGAGCACCACAACAAAGUGACUCGAGCUUCCAUGGAGAUCACAGUGACUGGGGAAAGUGAAGGUGCUGAAGUCCAGUUGAUUCCGUAUUUCCCUACUUGUGGCAAUGACUGCAUCCGACGCAGAGGAACUGUUGUGGCUUGCCCAAAGACAAGCAUCUCCUUGCUUCCAGGUAACAGUAAUAAAAAUAAAAGGAAUAAUUGGCUGCCUUUCUUAUUCCUGGCUCUGCUGCUGGCCAUAUGGGUGCUGAUACUUGCAAUAUAUCUAAAGUGGAGACACGGAAAGACCAGAAAACCUUCUCUCUCUACCUCCAUGUUGCUGCCCCCGCUGAAGAUUCUUGUGGUCUACCCGUCUGAGAUUUGUUUCCAUCACACGGUUUGCUAUUUCACGGAAUUCAUUCAAAACCAUUGCAGAAGUGAGAUCAUCCUUGAGAAGUGGCAGAAGAGGAAAAUUGCGGAGAUGGGUCCUGUGCAGUGGCUUACCACCCAGAAGAAGGCCUCAGAUAAAGUCAUCUUUCUUCUUUCCAAUGAUGCCAACGCAGGAUGCGAUGGCAGCUGUCGCAAGAGCAAGGUUGGGCCUAGUGAAUCCACCCAAGACCUGUUUCCUUUGGCCUUUAACCUCUUCUGCAGCGAUCUGAGAAGCCAGGCUUGCUGGCACAAGUACAUGGUGGUCUAUUUUAGAGAGGUUGAUACCAAAGAAGAUUAUGGGGCCCUCAGUGUCUGCCCUAAGUACUGCCUCAUGAAGGAUGCCAUUGCUUUCUGCACAGAACUUCUCCGUGUCAAGCAGCACAUGUAAGCAGGGAAAACGCUUCAAGCCUGCCAUAACAGCAGUUUCUUGUAG